UGCCCACUACUGUACUGGCCACCCAAGCAGGAGCGCAAUUAAACUUCCCAGCCGGUGGAUGUAAUGCACACCAUGCAGCAGAAUGGUUUUCAUCAGUAACUGAAGCUUUUCUUGAACCAGGGAUCUUACCUAAUUAAUUCGUUUGAAUGGCUAUCAAGUAAUUGUUUGCUUGAUGUUGCCGUUAAAAACAAAGCUAUGCAUUUGAGGAAGUUACUGUAGUGGUAAUGUGAUGUGAAGAAGCUGCAUCAACAUGGAUAUUGCUAGCAACUAGCAAGCUAGCUUCAACUGACCGAAUCAUGUUAGCGGACAUUACUUUACGAAAUUAAUGACAAUCAAUGUUUUGUGUCUGACGCUGUCGCCUUCAGGAGAGUGUUUUACGAUCAGAAGAACAUGGAUGUCGUCAACUGCUUUCUCAAAGAUGAAGACGUCUUUUGGCUUUGCCUAGUUGAGCCUUGCUGGAACCUGAGUGUUCAGACACAACAAAGGAUAUAAAAUCAUAGUUAGCUUGCUUACUAGUCUGUGACAACCGUUUGCUGUGAAUGUGUUAUCUGUAGGAAGUAUAAAUAUUAUUGGUGACUGCAAUAGGCAUUGUAUUUUCCAAUUGGCAAACCUUACUCGCCAUCAUCCGUCGUGUCUUGGAAUUGUAGGCUAUAGCUGCUGCUAACUAGCUAGCUUUAGCUAGCGAAUUUCUGCCAAACCAAUCAUUUUGUUGUGAAAGUAAUACAGUAUAGAGCAUACAUAAUUUGCACUAAUUGUAGACCUCUAUUACUGUGGUAUUGGCUUUUGGAACUGGAUUUUAUUUGCAAGGUGCAAGAGUCUUAGCCAUUGAAUGGUGGCAUUUGUUUAAGGCUGCAGUUAUUAAGUGAAGUUGAAAUUAUUAUAGAACUUUUUUUUCAAGACGAAGAAUGUCACACUAGCUUUUUACCGUCAUUGGUAGCAGAAUAAAUUAAAAACAUAAAGUAUCAAGGAAUCUGAAGGGUCAACCCAUGUUCUUGGACAUUACUUCUCUUUUAGAGAGAUACACACUGGUAACACCCAACUAACCUAACUGCAUACUGAAAUCCAGCCAGGACUAUGCGCCUCUCAUCCUUUCUGGCCGUGUUCAGGCCUGCGCUGCCCCUCAUCCUGGGCCUCUCUUUGGGAUGCAGCCUGAGUCUACUGAUGGUCUCCUGGACACAGGGGGACACAGAUGACUCCUGUGUGGAUGAGCUGGGCAAUGGGGGUCUUUUCCUGGGCAGCCAUAGGGGAGACCCAGAAGGUGACAGCAGGGAUGAUGGUGGUAAUGAGGACUUCCAACCACGAAUUGUGCCUUAUCAUAAGGAUCCCAACAAACCCCACAAAAAAGUCCUCAGGACCCGCUACAUCCACACAGAGCUGGGCAUCCGAGAGCGCCUCCUGGUGGGCGUGCUGAGCUCGCGGGCCACCCUCGGCACGCUGGCCGUGGCGGUGAACCGCACCGUGGCCCACCACUUCCACCGCACCUUCUUCUUCACCGGCCUCCGCAGCACCAAAAUACCCCACGGCAUGACCGUGGUCGCCCAUGGCGACGACCGCCCCGUCUGGCUGAUGUACGAGACGGUCCGCCACCUCCACCAGAACUACGGCUCCGACUACGACUGGUUCUACCUGGCCCAGGACGACACCUACAUCCAGGCAGAGCGCCUGGCGGAGCUGGUGGGGCACCUGAGCGCCGGCCAGGACGUCUACAUGGGCCGGGCCGAGGAGUUCAUAGGCGGCGAGGAGAAGACGAGGUACUGCCACGGCGGGUACGGCUACCUGCUCUCACGCAGCCUCCUGGCCCGCCUGCAGCCUCACCUGGACACCUGCCGGAACGACAUCCUGAGCGUCAGGCCCGACGAGUGGCUCGGGCGCUGCAUCAUCGACUUCCUGGGUCUGAGCUGUGUGGAGGUGCACCAGGAGAUGACGUAUCGGUACUUUGAGCUGGGGAAGAACGCUGACCCGGAACGCGAGGACAGUGUCCAGUUCAAGAAUGCCUUCACAGUGCACCCCGUGUCUGAGCCCAGCCUCAUGUACCGCCUGCACAAACGCUUCAGCCAGAUCGAGCUGGACUGGACCUACCUGCAGAUUCAGCAGCUGCAGGUCCAGAUUAACAACCUCAGUGAUCUGACUCCUGAGGGGAAGGCAGGGGCCACCUGGCCCAUCGGGGUCAACCCCCCCUUCACGCCCAAGACCCGCUUCGAGGUCAUCAACUGGGAGUACUUCACCGAGGAGCACAUCUACGCCUGCUCCGACAGCUCCCCCAAGUGCGAGCUCCGAGGGGCCGACCGGGCGGACGUCACCGCCGUCCUGGAGACGGCCGUGGAGCGCCUCAACGAGCGCUACCAGCCCCAGCUCCGCUUCCGCAAGCGCCGUCUGCUCAACGGGUACCGGCGCUUCGACCCCACGCGGGGCAUGGAGUACGUGUUGGACCUGGCCCUGGAGGCCUACACCCAGAAGGGUCACAGCCAGGUGAUCAGCAAGCGGGUCAGCCUCCUCCGCCCCCUCAGCUCCAUCGAGAUCAUCCCCAUGCCGUACGUGACGGAGGCCACGCGGGUGCAGGUCAUCCUGCCCGUCACGGCCCGUGAGCAGGACUACGUGGGGAACUUCCUGGACAUGUACGUCAUGAACACGCUGGACACCCACGACAACGUGCUGCUCACCUUCCUGUUUGUGUACGACCCCUUCGACGCGCAGCGCGUCAGCCAGGCCGACGUGUUCGCGGGCGUCAAGGCCAUGAUCGGGGAGGUGGAGAAGCGCUACGGAGACGUGAAGAUCCCCUGGAUCAGCGUGAAGACGGAGGUGCCUUCACAGGUGAAGCUGAUGGACAUCAUCUCCAAGAAGCACCCAGUGGACACGCUCUUCUUCCUGGCCAGCGUGUGGACCGAGGUCAACGCCGACUUCCUCAACCGCUGCCGCAUGAACGCCAUCAGCAACUGGCAGGUGUUCUUCCCCAUCCACUUCCAGGAGUUCAGCCCCGCCAUCGUCUACCGCGACCAGCCUCCCUCGGCCCCCUCCUCCUCCUUCUCCUCCGAGGCGCUCCGCGACGGGCGCUUCGAUCGCCACGUCUUCGAGGAGGCCUGCUUCUACAACGCCGACUACAUGGCCGCCCGCACCAAGAUGGCCGCCGACAUCCUGGACAACGACGAGCUGCUGGAGAGCAUGGACGUGUACGAGAUCUUCGUGCGCUACUCGGGGCUGCAUGUGUUCCGGGCCGUGGAGCCCGCGCUGGUGCAGAAGCACGUGAGGAGGGAGUGUAACCCACGCUUCAGCGAGGACAUCUACCACCGCUGUGUUCUUAGCAACCUGGAGGGCCUAGCCUCGCGCUCUCACCUGGCCAUGGCUCUGUUCGAGCAGGAGCAGGCCAACAGCACCUAGAGGUGGAGCACCACACACAUACACACACACACACAUACACACACACACACACACACACACACACCCUCUGAGGGAGAUAAGCUGCCUUCUGUCUGUAUGACCCUGUUUGGAUGAUCUAAAAGUGAAACUUUGCUUCCUGUGCUGCAGCCGGGGGCUAGUUAUCUGCCUGAUCUGGCCCUAGAGUGAAACAUGGAACUACUACGAGCCUUUUUAAGGCUUAUGGACAAAAGGCUUAUGGACCAUUCCAGAGAGACCCUGGGGUUUGGAGUCCAGGUGCUGUUUUUCCUGCUGCUGAAUGAACAAUGAACAGCAUUGACCGUGAGUGACAGCACCAAUAUGUGUUGACUUGAUAGAAAAAACGAAAGAAAACGGGGGGGGGGGGGGGGGGGGGGGGGACCUUGAGCCAUAUGUCUUCCUUCAUGAUUGUGUCGAUCUUAUUGAUUAUAGUCUGUGAGGAGUUUAUUCUGUUAGUUCUACUGGGAUUAAACAGAAGCCAUCGACUGUCUACCUGUUUCCCGUCUGUUUUUAGUGCCGUGUCAUUAAAGACAGCUGAAUGUCCCCUG